UGGAGGCGGAGGCGCCGCUUCUUAAGGUGUAGUGAUAGAUAGUGUUAGUUAGAGACAGGCAAAGGAACCAGGAGACCUUAUAUAUAGAGAGCACAUGUACUGAGCCAAUGGGGCUACAAAACCGCUCUACCGGUCAGUUUUAAACGUUUAAGGCAUCCUUAAAGGAACCAUGGAGGAACAAGCCCAUGUUCAGGAAGAUCUGGCGACUCUGUCAGAUUUGGACGAGAAGAGUUUACUCGAAUCACUGACUAGAAGAUUCAGCCAUAGUAACAUUUAUACUUAUAUUGGGGAUAUUUUGGUCGCUGUGAACCCAUUCAAGCAGCUCCCACUGUAUGGCAAAGAGGUGUCAGAGAAGUACAAGUGCCAUGAGAAAAGAGCUUUACCUCCACAUAUAUUUGCUGUUGCUGACAGAGCAUACCAGUCCAUGCUGGGCCGUCUGGCCACGGGGCCGAAAAACCAGUGCAUCGUAAUCAGUGGUGAAAGCGGUGCAGGAAAAACUGAAAGCACAAAGCUUCUACUGCGGCAGCUUAUGGAGCUUUGCCGUGCGAACUCUCAGCUCGAGCAGCAGAUCCUGCAGGUCAACCCUCUUCUCGAGGUGUUUGGGAAUGCGCAGACAGUCAUGAACGACAACAGUAGUCGGUUCGGAAAGUAUAUUCAGCUCCGCUUUCAAAACUCUUCAGUAAAAGGAGCCAAAAUCAACGAGUAUCUGUUAGAAAAGUCCCGCGUGGUCCACCAAGACGAAGGUGAGAGGAAUUUCCACAUCUUUUACUGCAUGCUCGCUGGCAUUUCUGCACAGGACAAGGAGAUGUAUGGCCUCCUGGACCCGACUCAGUACCGUUACCUGAACGGGCGAUUUGGUCAGGGUGAUAUGGUGCAACACUGGAGUGAAAAGUACAACGAAGUGUCCAAUGCCAUGGAUAUGGUGGGCUUCGAGGAGCAGGAAAAGGUGGACAUGCUGACCAUCCUGGCCGGGAUUCUGUCUCUGGGAAAUAUCACGUUUGAGCCGACUGAGAACGAAGCGCUGAAAGUGAGCGAGACAUCAAAGGGCUGGCUCAAAGCCACGGCGGGUCAGUUUGGUGUUCAGGAGGAAGACUUAAUGAGGUGUCUCACCUGCACCAUGUCUGUAACAAGAGGGGAAUCCAUCCACCGCUUCCACAACCAGCAACAAGCUGAAGAUGCCAGAGAUUCAAUUGCCAAAGUGGUGUACGGCCGAGUGUUCGGCUGGAUCGUUAGUAAAAUUAACGAGCUGUUGACGCAUAAACUGGAUACAAACAUUGAGCUGAGUGAAAUAGGUAUUCUCGACAUCUUUGGGUUUGAGAACUUUGCUGUGAACCGAUUCGAGCAGCUCUGCAUCAAUCUUGCGAAUGAGCAGCUACAGUAUUUUUUUAAUCAUCACAUUUUUCUAAUGGAGCAGAAUGAGUACAAAGAGGAGGGAAUCCAGUGGGAGACCAUCACCUUCAAGGAUAACAAACCAAUUCUGGACCUGUUCUUAACGAAGCCCAUUGGGAUUCUGUCCUUGCUGGAUGAGCAGAGUGCCUUUCCUCAGGCCACAGAUGGAAACUUGGUAGACAAGCUGAACAGCAAAUUCAAAGCCAACCCCCACUUUGAGGUGGUCCGGAGCCAUAGCCCUCUCUUUACUGUCGUGCACUAUGCUGGAAAGGUGCAAUAUAAUGCUAGCGGUUUCCUGGAAAAGAACCGGGACAACAUUCCAGCCAGCAUUCGCACUCUGUUCAUCAACAGUGUUACGCCGCUCCUCAGUGUCCUCUUUGCUGCUACAAUUUCCAGAACAGGGACGUUGAUGCCACGGAAAGCAAAGAUGGUCAACUUUGUAGAUGACAACUUCAACUCCACCAGGAAGCAGUCUGUCGGCACACAGUUCAAGCACUCCCUGGCCGUACUGAUGGAGAAGAUGUUUGCUGCCAGUCCGCACUUUGUGAGAUGCAUCAAACCCAACAGCAGCAAGUUGCCCGAUCAGGUGGACAGUAAACUCAUCAUGGAUCAGCUGCGGUACAAUGGCCUGCUGGAGACGAUCCGCAUUCGAAGAGAAGGUUUCUCCUGGCGACCGUCUUUUAAAGAGUUUGUACAGAGAUAUAACAUCCUGCUGCUUAAACCGGAUCUGCCGCUGGACAAAGAAAGCUGUAUGUCAAUUCUUAAUACCACAGAGCUUCGUGGCUGGAAGUGCGGUUCAUCUCGGUUAUUUUUUAAAUACUGGCACCAGGAUGAGUUGGCACGUCUCCUAGAGAGGCUUGGGAAAGCAGCUGUUAUCAUUCAGAAGAAUUACCGUGCAGUGAGCUCCAGGAAAAAGUACUUGGUCCUUCUGGCUGAAGUCAAGAGGCAACAGCAGGCCCAGCGAGAGAGGGAAGAAAGAGAAGAAGAGGAGAGACGAAGGCAGGAGCUUCUGGAAAAGGAAGAGAGAAACAAGCGCUUGCUUGUGGAGCAAGAAAACAAGAGGCCAGUUUCUCCUCCAGUACCUCUACCCAGGAAGAAAAAACCUCAGCCCAGGCCUCGGGCCAUUCUCGCCGCACUAGCCCUUGCACCUCAUCUAGCGCCUGUACCUCGGCCGCGCAGUAAGCAUUUUGAGGCCACUCCAUUUGAUAACGACCUGCAUGAGAACAGUGAUUUGAUGGCCCUUCUGGCUCAGGAGGUGGAUGAGGAGUGGGCCAAUGAGAAAAGGAAAAAGAGGAGUAACACCAUUCGCUGGUUCAAAGAAACGCAGGCCCGCAAAGUGGCCAAAAAUGGCACUUUCCCUUGCUGGUUCCAUGGCAUGAUCACUCGGAGGCAAGCGGAGGAUCUGCUGACUGACAAGCCUCUUGGCUGUUUUUUGAUUCGAGUGGGACAAAGUCGAGAAGGAUACACACUCACAUACAGGGGUGCCGACCGGCCUCGUCACUACAUGAUCGAGACGCAAAGUAACGGGAAAUACGUGAUUCUUGGCGAGGACCGGGCGCAUGCAUCCCUGCUUGAACUUGUCCAGUAUCACACACAAGUGGGAAUCAAGCCGUUUAUGGAACUCCUCACAGAGCCAUGUGGACAGACAUGUGACCAUGACCCUGACUAUGAAGAGCUGAAGGCUUUGCUGGGGCCUGGCCUAUCUGACAGCAGCAACACAGACUCAAACAACCUCAAUGAUAUGGACCAUGUGCACGUCGAAAUGCAGAGGCUCUUUCAGCCUCCGGGGCAGAACCCGGAACUGGAGGCUACAAAAGCCCCUGUCCUGAGGCGUGUGUCUGAUAGAUACAGACGUGUAGACGCUGCUGAGACGGAUCAGAAAGGAGACGAGGGUGUGGAGAAAGGCAAACCUGUCCCUCGCAUGUACCCUUCCAUCCGCUUAGCCAUGAGGGAGAUCCAACAGAUCCAACAGCAGUUCUCAGGCAACCCAGAGCAAAACCGUUGGGCACCCUGGAGGAAGAAAGAUUCCUAACAGAAGGAAGGACGACAACACGGGGCUUUUUUUUUUGUUGCUGCUACAUACGAUAAAAUGUGAAUGGCUGAAAUGGAAGCGGAGGCCUGUAUGUGAAUGGGGCUUGAACAAAUUGAGAGAAAUUCCUCAAAAUGGAGAGCAUUAGAAUUUUGUUUACCAGGGUCUGUUUGGGCUUUGUUUAUUCGUUAUUUUUAUGUAGAUAUUUAAUUUUUAACUUAUGUAUUGAUGGCAUGGGACACUUAAUAAACGCUGUCUGAUUUCGUAUGCUUCCAUCAGUCUGGGUUGUAGUAUUCAUAGAUAAAAAGUGUCUUCAGCAGUGUUAGGAUUGGGCCAGCAGCUGUAUGAGAUUAAAACUGACACGAAGAUAGUGUAUUGAGGAUAAGUCUUUUUCCACCUUUAAACUGAAAAAGCAUCCAAUAAAUGUCAAAUGAAGAAACUAGAAAAAAAGAAAAGGGGACAUUUUUUACAGUUACCUGGUUGCAUAAGUGUUUUACUUUCACAUUUUGUAAUACAGUGUUUUGGGCUAAGAUUCUUUACAUCAGCUUGACUAUCUUGAUUUGUUCCACUCCAUUAAAUAUUCUAGAUUUAUUAAAAAUCAUGUGCACAGCCCUUUUCAAAUUAUUCUGCAGGUGUUCAUUAGGAUUACGUUCCAAAACACUGAUCAUCUUUAAGCCAAUUCUUUCUUGACUUAUUUGUGUGCGAGUCCUUGCCAUGAUAGAAAGGGACAUUUUUCUUUAUCCACAGCUAUUUAAAUACACAGAUGUUGUGCCAAAAUACAUGGAGCUAUUUGUUUCUUUUUAACCUGAAUAGAGCUUCAGGCCAACCUAAAGAUAAGCAGCCCAACAGCAUGAUGCUGCAAUCACCAUGCUUCAUACUUAUCUUUUUAAAAUCAUAUCCGUAAAUGGUCUAACCUGGUCUGAUUUUUGCCACAUACAGUUUACCCUGUUACAAAUAUAUUAACGGUCUAGAAUUCUCUAGAAUCCAUAUCUUCCAUUUCAACCUCUCCACCACCAUGACCAAAGAACUGUCAAAGGUUGUCAGGAACAAGAUUGUAGAUCUGCACAAGGCUGAAAUUGGCUACAAGACCCAUCAGCAAGAAGCUUGGUGAGAAAGAGACCACUGUUGGUGCAAUAAUUAGAAAAUGGAAGAAAUCAAGGCAACAAGAUAAGUCAAUCGCCCUGGCUCUGGAGCGCCAUGCAAGAUCUCACCUCGUGGGGUAAGGAUGAUUCUGAGAAAUGUGAGGGAUCCAGAAUUACAUGGGAGGAGCUUGUUAAUGAUCUCAAGGGAGCUGGGACCACAGUCACCAAGAAAACCAUUGGUAACACACUUUGCCAUAAUGGAUUGAGAUCCUUCAGUGCCAGCAAGGUCUGUGCCUGCAAGGUUUACAAUGAACACUUGAAUGAUACAGAGAAGGCUUGGGAGAAUGUGAUGUCAUCAGAUGAGCCAAAAUUUGAGCUCUUUGGUAUCAACUCAACUUGCCGUGUUUGGAGGCAGAGAAAUGCUGAAUGACCCCAAGAACACCAUCCACACUGUCAAACACUGAGGUGGAAACAUUCUGCCUUGUAGCUGUUUCUCUGCUAAGGGUACAGGAAGACUUCACCACAUUGAGGGGCUGACGAACAGGGCUACGUACUGUAAAAUCUUAGAUGAGAGCCUCCUGGCAUCAGCCAGAACACUGAAGAUGAGUCAUGGAUGAGUCUUGCAGCAUGACAAUGACCCAAAACAUACAGCCAAAACAGCAAAGGAGCGGCUCAAGAAGAAGCACAUUACGAUCCUGGAGUGGCCUAGCCGGUCUCCGUACCUUAAUCCCAAAAAAAUCUGCAGAAGGUUGUCAAGCAAAAGCCUCGAAACCUUCAGGAUUUGGAGAGUAUCUGUAAAGAGGAGUGGACAAAAAUCCUUCCUAUGAUCUGCGCAACCUGGUGAACAACUACAAGAUACGACUGACCUGUUCUUGCCAACAAGGGAUUUUCCUACAAGUACUAAUUCAUGAUUUGCUUGAGAAUCAGAUACUUAUUUCACUCAAUGAAAUACAAAUGAAUUCAUAACCUUUAAUGUUUUUUCCUGUACUCUCUGUUAAAAUUAACCUACGAUAAAAAAUUAUGGACCGAUCAUAUCACAACUUACAAAAUCAGCAGGAGAUCAAGUAAUUAUUUCCUCCACUGUAGUUUUGGAUGCUUUUUCUUCUUCUACUGUCUAGCCAUCCUAUACCAUAAAGAUUUUGUGAAGAUGAUGAGAUUGUUGUCACAUGCAAUAAGACACCAGAACUGACCCUAUAUGCAGUUCAAGAAAAUCCAAACCAGUCAAUCUUUAUUUAGGGGUUAAUCAGAAUUACUUUAAUGAUGACGGCUUCAUCAAGUGUAUUGAUGACAUGAAGUUUGGUUUGCUGUAUCACAUUAAAGCUAUUAAAGCUGGACAAAGUUUUA